CUGUGGCCAUUGUCUGUUAACUUGCUCAGUCUAUUUAUUUAUUUAAUUCUAAGCCAUGUCGAAUAUUCCACCUGUGCCACCACCUCCUCCCCCACCGCCCAUGACAGUCACUCUUGGCACACCAGCUACAACAAAGGAAUGUCCUGCUGCGGACCAUAUACCCACCGAUAAGUGCAGUUGGGCUGCGGAGUAUCCUGAGGUGCAGAAAGGAUGCUAUUUAAGUCGCGUCUGCGAAGAUACUCCACCGAAACACUGCCAAUACUACGCCGUAAACGGUAUAGUGCAGGUUGGACCCACUUGUGGCCUAGUGGCCCUAAGUAUGUUGCUCGGUGGCAGCCCCACGGCAGCUGAUCUCCUCAAGGAUGCAAUUGAGCAGAAGUAUACCCUAAAUGGCGAACUAUUUAGUGCUCAGUAUUUGUUUGAACUGACCAGGAAACAUAUGCCAGGACCACCUGCGUGCCAGUUGCAUGCUGGACCUCUGGACUGCAAAAAAGUCAAGGAACUUUUAAGCGCCGGAGGCUGCCUACUGGUGCCCUACGAUUCCGAUUUAAACCAUGCGCCAUGCGUUAAACACGGACACCGAGCGCAUUGGGCUUUGAUUGUGGGUUACCUGGUGGACCGGCUGGAUCGGUUUUUCGUCUUGGCUCGUCACGGCAAAUCCCGCAAUCUGGCCGUUUGGCUUUUGGACACGCUCAGCGAAAGCAAUCAAAAUUUGAAAGAGUUUGCCCAACCCAAGGGCUACCCAGACGAUGAGUUUCUGCUGCCACCGGGUGGAAUCGGUGGAUCUCUUGGUCUCAACGAGCGCUGCAUCCUAGUCAACGGAAUGUCAAAGCAGGAAGACGAGCGCAUCCAGCACAAGCACACUUAAGUCCAAGGAAUUUCC